GGGGGGCUCGUCUGGAUCUUGGUGGCCUCCUCCAAUGUGCCCCUGCCUCUCCUGCAAGGAUGGGUGAUGUUCGUGUCAGUGACUGCCUUCUUCUUCUCCCUGCUCUUCCUGGGCCUGUUCCUCUCAGGCAUGGUGACGCAGAUUGAUGCCAACUGGAACUUCCUGGAUUUUGCCUACCAUUUCACAGUGUUCGUCUUCUACUUCGGGGCCUUCCUGCUGGAGGCUGCAGCCACAUCCCUGCACGAUCUGCACUGUAAUGUCACCCUGACCGUGCAGCCACUUCUGAGCGACAACCAGUACAACAUCAACGUGGCGGCCACGAUUUUUGCCUUUGUCACGACAGUAUGCUAUGGCUGCAGCUUGGGUCUGGCCUUACGAAGAUGGCGACCAUGACACUCCUGAGAAACCAGCCACCGUGCGUUAGGUUCUUUUGUCUACUUUGUAUGUCUGAUUCAUGUGAAUACUGUUUUGUCCAGAUAUGACAACAUCCCAAAAGUAAUUUGCUUAGUAUGGAGAGAGACUCUAAGUUCAAGUUUUGUAUAUUUCAUGGAUGAGAUGUUAAUUUUAGUAUGAUAUAAACAUAGAAAUGGCCUUUAAUUUACAUCUCUCCCUUCCUUUUUCCUUCUAAAAAUUUCUCUUUAUAGCCAUAAAAUGCAAAGUUAUUGUUCAUGAAAAAUUAAUAUCUUUUUUGUUUGGUUGCUGAGUAACCUGAACCUUAAUUUUCAUAGGUAACUAAAACUCUCUUUUAAAAAAAGUCAAAUAAUCCUCUCAUUGCACUGAAUCUUUUAGUGUAAAACAGAGAUCGGCACACUUUUUCUAUAGUGGCCAGAUGGUUAAUAUUUGAGGCCUCUCAAGUCAUAUAGUUUAUGUCACAACCAUUCAGUUCUGCUAUUGUAGUAUGAAAGCAGCUAUUGACAGUACUUACAUGAAUGAGUGUGACUGUGUUCUCAUAAAACAUUAUUUACAAAAAUGAGAGGAGGCUGGACUUACCCAUGGGCUGUGGUUUGUUGACUUCUGGUGUAAAGCCUUAGUGAUAUGUUCUGUUUUUUAUUGAACUGAUUGUGAAAGUUAUAAACCUAACUAGACAAGCCACAUGCUAUUUGGCCUUAUUAUGCAAUAAUCACAUUGCCUUUGUGUUAAUGGUCAAAUACUUACUCUGGUGGGGGGGUGGGUCAUAUGGUUUUUCAUACUAACUUAAGCAGAGUCCUGGGUAUAGGGAAAAGUAAUUUAUGAAGUGAACUCUAGUUGCUCAAUCAAACUAAUGAUCUCCUAACAACUGAGCAAGAUUCUCAUCUGAGAGUCCUUAAAAUGAGAUACCCAGAGAUCAUUUAUCACAACAGGAACCGGUCUCUAGCUCCUUAUGUCUCACUUUAAAUUUAUUUAUGCUUCAGAAUACAGCUGGUUGUCCUGUGCAUGAGCAUACAAAUAUUUAUGUGUGGUAUGUAAGGCUUUUUCAAGUAGAGUUCUCAGAAGAGCUAACUUUUAACUUCUAUUUUGCAUUACUUUCUGAGUUAAAUAUAUAAAUAGAUUAUUAAAUAUACCAUAAAGUUGCAGAUUCUUAUACACUUUAGUAAUAUCCCAGAUAUCUAUAGUUUUUGCACUGGUAACAGACAAAAUCAAUUUUAAAGCAAUAGCCAGCAUAUAAACUGUCUCUGGCUGAAUAGCACAGACAAGUAUUUUAACUUACCUGUAGAGGACCUGGUUAGGGAAAGAUGCCAAAAUGUUUUGAGUGGAGACCCAUGUCAGAGUGAAGCCACAGUCCCCUCAUACAAGGGCUUUGGAAUGGGGCUUUUCUGUUCCCUCAGUGCUGGCUGAGGUCUCCCUGGUGGGUGCCACGUGGAAGCCAGGCUCUUGGAGUUCAUAGAACAUGGAACAACCACAUCACUCCCUACGGGUGCCAUGUGGAAGCCAGGCUCUUGGAGUUCAUGGAACAUGGAAUAAUCGUGACUGAAUAGCAUGACUACUAUGUCUACUAUUUGACCUCAGGGGUCAAAUGCUCUUUAUCUAUUAAUCCUCUAGGAAGAAGAACCUUGUUAGAGUUUGGUUCAUGAUAAAAUUAUAAAGACAAAAGAUGUAUUUCAAUAUGUGGCUUGAGGAAGUCAGGUUUCUGACUUUCCACUUGGGUCAGUUCUUUUCUAGAAUAUCCUACUUCCUUGGUUUUUCUAACUCCAUUCCACAUACCUAGGUCUGUAUUAUGAAUUUCAUUUUACAAAGUCAUAAAUGUGCCAUAAAGAUAUAUAUAGUCCAUUCUAGUUGGAAUUAUUCAAAGUUAGUCUGCUAGAAUUUAGUUGCAAGAUUUUUAUUUUUGUUCUCAAGAUAUAAAACAGGUUUUUGCUUGGUGGCAUUAAAUUAAAUGAUUUUUAUUAAAAUGCUUUGGUGGCACUUUUGUAAAUGGAUUGCUUCUAGACCAUUAAGAACCAAGCCUAAGACUCAUCUAACUGUGAAUACUUGGAUUGCAGUAAUCACAUUCUAGAUUUGUGAGGUGAGUGACAAAGCACUUGAACAAAAAGUAUGGCAUUUAAGAAUGUAUUUACACAUCUUGGCUGUAAAAAUGAGAAAAUGUCGGUUGGUUUUAAAAUCUGAUAACUCCGUGAUGAAAAGAAAUUUAUUUUGUAAGUGUUAUAACUCUAAUAAAGUAUUCAUUUGAUAA